AUGAAGGGACGCCAUGGAGGAUAUUCGGAUGACGAAGAAGAUAGUACAACAACAAAACGAUCAUCUCAUCAUCAUCAUCGACACCAACAUCAUCAUCAUCGCCAAUCAAAUAAUAACAAUAAUAACAACUUCGAUAAUCAGAAACGUCAAAAAGUCGAUGAUUUUGAAGAUAACUUACAAUCAUUGAUAUUUAGUCUUGGUGAGAAGAUGACACCAUCGUUAGAGCAAGCAUUAAAAGAUUUAUCAAUUGUAUUAUGUAACAAUUUAACAAAACAUAAACGAACGAUAUUAAAUUUAUUGAAUCAAUGUAUUGCCCUAUUACCCGAACGUAUAACAAUUUAUACAUCAUUGAUUGGUUUACUACAUUCAGCAGCAAUAACAUUUGGGCAAGAAUUUAUUGAUCUGUGUGUUAGUACAUUAAAAGAACAUUUGCAGCAAAAUAAAUUUGAAUUGGCUCAGCGCUAUGUUCGAUUUUUAUCAGAUUUAGUCAAUGUUCGAUUAAUAAGUACACAGUCAAUAUUACAGCUGUAUGAAAAUUUUAUUCAAACAACAUGUGAAACAAAUGUACCUCAAGUACGAACAGAUUUCUAUGUAUCAUGUGUAUUGGUUUCAUUACCUUACAAUGGAAAGAUGCUAAGUGAAAAACAGAGUGCCGAAUUAAAUCGUCUUUUGUAUAUGAUUGAUAAAUAUAUUUAUAAACGUUCAAAAAUUCAUGUGCCAAUCUUACAAGUUUGGACAUCCAUUGAUCCACAUCCACAAGAAGAAUAUUUAGAUUGUUUAUGGAAUCAAAUAAAACGUUUAAAUCAAGAUGAUUGGAAUGAAUCACAAAUAUAUCGGCCAUAUCAAACAUUCAACGAUACAUUAUUCAAUUCAGUUAACCAACAUGCCAUAAUUACUCAUGAUUUACCAAGUAUAAUUGUACCAUCGCAUCAAGAUUAUAUUGUCUAUCCAUUACCAAAAAUUGUUUUUCGUAUGUUCGAUUAUACUGAUGUACCAGAACAAUAUGUGUUACCCGGUGCCCAUUCAAUUGAACGAUAUCUUGUAGAAGAAGAAAUAGCCAGUAUUAUUCAUACGUAUCAUAUUGAACGAAAAGAUUGCGCAGUACAAUUAACACAAAUAAGGACAAAAAAUAAAAUACCAUUAAAUUAUAUGAUUAUUGAAGUAAUAUUCGGUCAUCUAUUUAUGCUUCCACGUGCACCACAUUUAGAAUUAUUUUAUGGUUCAUUACUAUUAGAAUUAUGCAAACUACAACCGGGUGCAUUACCACCAGUGUUAGCUCAAGCUGUUGAAAUGUUAUUUGAACGUUUACAUUCAAUGAAAGCCUGUUGUAUUGAACGUUUUGCAAAAUGGUUUGCUUAUCAUUUAUCAAAUUUUCAAUUUACAUGGGCAUGGCAAGAUUGGAUCGAUUGUCUUGAUGAUAAUCCAGAGUCACCGAAAAUUAAAUUUAUCCGUGAGACAUUUCAGAGAUGCAUGAGAUUAUCAUUUCAUCAACGUGUUAUUGAUUUUGUACCUGAACAAUUUUAUAAAAUAGUACCAAACAAACCAUCGCCAAUCUUUAAAUAUGAAGAUAGCGAAACACCAAUAAGCGGUUCUGAUUAUGCUCAAAUAAUAAUAAAAAAGAUCAAAGAUCGUGCAACACCUGAAGAAUUAUUACGUGAAUUAAACAAAAUUCUAAAUGCCAAAGAUGAACAAUCGACAUUAUCAUCAACAUCAGCAAUUAUGGGAACUAGUGGUGGUGGUAGUUCAAUAACAACCAAUGAUACAGCCUAUAAUCCAUUACAAAUUGAUCUCUUUGUAUCAUCACUAUUAUGGAUUGGUUCAAAAUCAUUUACUCAUUCAUUUGCUGCACUAGCAAAAUAUCAUCAGUUAUUCAAAAUUUUAAUUGAAACUGAAGAACAACAAAUUCAAGUAUUAAAAUCAAUGUUUGACGUAUGGUUGAAUCAUCAACAAAUGAUGGUUGUACUAGUUGAUAAAAUGGUUAAAACACAAAUAAUUGAAUGUUCAGCUGUUGCCAAUUGGAUAUUUUCCCAGGAAGUCAGCCAAGAUCUGACAAAUUUUUAUAUAUGGGAAAUAUUAUCAUCGACCAUUGAUAAAAUGAAUCGCCAAGUUGAGAAAUAUUUUAAUGAACUGAUGGAUUUAAGACGACAAUUAAAUUUAACAUUAAGUACAGCACCUGUGAGAAGUUCAUCUUCAACAUCGAUAACAAACAAUAACAAUACCGAAAAUAGUAAUAAUGAUCGAGAUGAAGAAAAAACAAUAGUAGAUGAAACAGAUAAAAAAGAAGAAAAAAUGGAUGAAGAUGAUACUGAUCAAGCAAAAAUAAAUGACGAACCAAAACCGACUACAGUAUCAAAUACAAGUAAACAGUUAAAACGUCGACAUUCAUCGGAUGAUGAAGAAAAUAAUGAUGGAGAAUCAACUGAAAAUAAUAAACAAAUUGAACAAAAUAAAAUGGAUCUUGAUAAACAACAACAACAACAACGUUUUGGUGGAGUAAAUUCAGAAUUGCAUGAUAAAUAUGAUAUUAUCGAAGAACGAUAUCAACAUGGACGUGAUCAACAGAAAAAAUUAUAUUUAAUUAUAUUUCAACGUUUUAUCAUGAGUUUAAGCGAUUAUUUAAAUGAAUGUGAAAAUAAAAAUAUUGAUCAUAAUACACCAUGGUUCAAAUGGAUUAUUGAACGUUUACAAGAAAUAUUUUUAUCGUAUCACGAACAAGUAUUUCAAUAUGUGUCAACAUUUGAAAGUUUAAUAUUUACAAGUGAUAUUGAUUUUUGUAUAUUAGAAGUAUUUCAGCAGUUUUGCGCAUUAAGAGGUUAA